AUGGCGGAGGAAGAGCGCCUGCUCCGCUCAUUCGGUGGCCCCCUGCAGCGCUCCCUCGAAGAGCUCAGCCGAGAGGUGCUAGGCGAGAGCGUCUUCGGGGACUCGACCACGCCCAGGGAGUACACAGGGGAACUCAUAGGGAUCGAGUACCUGUACUCCCAGACGGGCCGAGCGCUGCAGGCCGUCAGCUUGGACCCUGACACUCCGGACACGGACGAGGAGGGGAACUUGCUUCCUCCGCCCUCUGAGGACCCUCAGAUGGAUGGCGCCCCUGAAGAGGUGGAGGACGUGACGGUUCCUCCACCGGGCGACUUCCCCGAGCCUCACAGGGAGCCGUGGUCAUGGGCUCCAGCUGACGAAGCACCUGCGCUCGAGCCGGCGGGUCCUCCCGCCCCUGAGCCCGCGCUCCAGUCCCCAGGCCGGUCCUCGACACCUCCUCCAGAGCCAGCUGAGGUGAGCGUCCGUUCUCUCUCUGGCCAGAGCCUUGGUGGGGCUGCGGGAGCAAGCGGCCCUGUCCGAGAGGGGGGUAGAUCGUUUGAUCGCCCUCUACGAGGCCUUGUCGCCCCAAGACAAGGCCCGGGUGAAUUACCCCCCUCGCUACAAGGACAGGCCAACUCGGGGCGGUUCAAGUCAGGCAAGCCUUCCAACCCCUGCGUCCCUGGGCUGGAAAGCCUAAAACGCUGCCUGACUGGGGAAAGCUCGGGACCUGCCACCUGGCCCAGUGCAAGCCGGAUUAUGGAAGCGGUGUGCACAGAAUUGUGUCUCAUCUACUCCGCCUCCACUUACUCUCACCGGGGGGUACGGAGGGGUAGGUGGGAUUACAUUCUGAUGUACUACCACCAUAUCCGCAACCUUGUGUUGGGCAGCCAGAGGUUGAUGGCUCGGGCGCCGAUCCAGCUGGCUGAGAUUAACCGGAGGACGCUCUCGCAGUGGUACACAGCAACCCUGCGAGAGAAGGAGAGGCUUCUGUUGGCACCGGGACCAGGCGCUGCAGCAGGUGGACUCCAACCAGCAGCACCGACAGCGCCAGCGCUGCCACCUCCACCAGCGGCGGCACCAGUGCUGGUACACUGGGUGGGUCCACCAGCGGCAGCACACGCUGGCCAGGCAGCACCAGGAAGGCCGACCGCUUUUGCCACUGGCACCAGCACCAUUACCACCUGUGUUUGUUGUCCUGGCCGCACCACCAGCAGCUGCCGCAGCUGCAGCAGGACCUUCUUCCCGGGCUACAGUGCCUCUCCUGGACCUCUCACUGCCCCAGCAGAGGGUGAGGGAGCUCCCCGUCCCCCCCCCUCUCCUUGCUCUCUCUUGGACAUUGCCAGUCGGACAGCGUCCUCUCCUCGCAGCCCCGCCCGCGCACGGUCCGCCUGCUGCCGCACUGCCCCGAUCUACAACAAGGGACCCCCCCCGGUGCACGCAGUGUGGCCAGCCUCGGCGGAAAGAGACCGGACAUUUCCGCCAGGGACGGACAUACGUGUGCUCGAGGAAGAACGACUGGCAGAGAGAGAAGCAGGAGAUGAACCCGGAUUGAGCUCCCGGAACUGCUCACACCCUCCUGCUGGGGCAGAUGGUGUAAAUAGUUUGUGUUUGUGUAGUUCGUGUGUGUAA